UAAAGCGAAAAAAUUCGCACGAACCCGAAAACCCUUUUCUCCAUCGCCUCCCCCUCCGCCGCGCCGCCACUUCUCUCCUCUCCUCCUCUCGCCGCUCCCAGGGUUUCGCGCGAGAUCUACUCUAGCAUUCGGGCGUUAGGGUUCCCCGAGAUGGCGAGCGAGCAGGCGGCGGAGAGCUACACGGUGGAGGAGCUCGUCGCCGUGAACCCCUACAACCCCGACAUCCUCAACGACCUCGAGGGCUUCGUCAACGAUCAGGUUUCCAACCAAACAUAUAACUUGGAUGCAAAUCUUAGUCUUCUUCGUCUGUACCAGUUCGAACCAGAAAGGUUGAGUGUGCAGAUUGUAUCUCGCAUAUUGAUUAAGGCUCUCAUGGCAAUGCCAGGCCCGGACUUCAGCCUAUGCUUAUUCUUAAUUCCAGAGCAUGUGCAAAUGGAGGAACAGUUCAAGACGUUGAUAGUUCUCUCUCACUACCUGGAGACUGCUAGGUUCCGUCAAUUUUGGGAUGAGGCGUCGAAGAACCGCAACAUAUUGGAUGUUGUUCCAGGUUUUGAGCAGGCAAUCCAAUCCUAUGCGAUACAUGUGCUCUCCUUGACAUACCAGAAAGUUCCUAGGCCUGUUCUUGCGGAGGCCAUCAACAUUGAGGGUCUUGCAUUGGACAAGUUCCUGGAGCACCAUAUUGCAAACUCCGGUUGGGUGAUCGAGAAGGGUGCACGAUCUCAGCUGAUUGUCCUUCCACGCAACGAGUUCAAUCACCCUGAGCUCAAGAAGAACACAGCUGAAACUGUUCCGUUCGAGCAUGUAACUCGCAUAUUCCCUGUCCUUAGCUGAGUCAACAACCAGACCAACUGAGAUUUUGCAUUACAGAACUUCUGAGCGCGUGAAGAUACUCUGGGCGCAUCUGUUUUCUCUGCUGUGAUGUACUGCGUUUUGAUAUGCCUGUUUUAGCUAAACAAGUCAAUUCUAGUGACGAUCCGAGCGUCAUAUCUGCCUAGUUAUGUUUAUGUAAGCAUUCUGCCAUGAUAUUACAUUGUUGGCAAGAUAUUUUAUCAGGUCAGAGCAAAAUUUUGCAUAGCGGCCGUGUUCGGCUUUGGGCA